GCUCCCGCCGCCCUCGCCCUGCGCUGCUCCAGCCCGGGCCGGGGGCCUCCCCCCCCACAGCCCUGGGGCGAGCCGGGCCCUGCCCAGUCCCCUCAGCACCCUCUUCCCGAGCUCCUUCGGACCCAGGACCCGGCGUGGGGCCCCGAACCCCGAGCCCCGCCGCUUCCGCAGCCGGGGGGCUAGGGUGUCCGGCAGGCGUCGGGGAGCCAGCCCCGGCGGAGACACGGCCGCAGCCUGCUCUGUCCCUGCCUACCCUUGACGCGGGCGGUGGUCUUGUGGGAGGGAGGAAAACCAGGAGGGGCUUUUGAAGCUUUUUUUCAGUUUGCUUGCCUUUAGAGGAACUGUGCGUCCUGCCUGCCCUGGUGAAAACUUAGUCGCAAACCACCCAGUCUGAGCAAUAAUUGCGCUCGUUUACCGCAGGCCUAAUAUUCCCGCUGCGCUGUUGGUGAGAGCAGCAAAACAGGGCUCUAGUGGUGGUCCGGGACUGUCAUAGCUCCUGGGUUCGUCUUGGCGUCCUUUUAUGGAACCAUGUCCCUGCUAAGCUCAGAAAUAGUCUGUGCUUUAGAAGGAGAAAGGGCUGCUGUUCUCAGAGAUGGGUGUUUCUGGUGCUUCGGACAGUUUCUGAGAAAGAUGAUUAGUAUUAUCUACCUGCCACCUGUGUUACAGCCCUGGGGACUAAGUGGUGUCCUUAAUUAUCUCUUUUGAUCGCGUGUGUUGAGAGUGUUCCAGGUGGUUUAACCAAGGAAAAGUGCCCCCACUUGGUCCAACGUUUACUGAGGUUAUGCCCACUUGCAGAAAGAGGUACGUUUUUAUCAUCUUGGUUUCGAGUGUUGAGAGUUCUUGGAUUGUUUUUUAAGAUAGACUGUAUUUAUGCUUUUGAAAGUUAGGAGUUAUUUGUUUUCGUGUUAUUAGACUUAGUAUUUCAGAGAACUCAGCCUCUCAAACAUCCAGAAUUGGUCACAUGGUGGAGUUCCUUUUAAAAUCCACGCCACGUCCUUCACUUCCCCAGGUUUUCUCCCUGCGGUAGUUGUGGGAAUAUCCUUCUGCUUAUUUUACUCACAGAUUCAGAGCUGUCUCACUAGGGUUCUGACUUUUGUUUGUCAGUUGACUGAGAUGUGAGCCCCUGAGGGCAGGAGUGGUGCUGUGGAAACAGGACUGAGAGUGGAGACCGGUACUGGUCUCCUGCAGCAGGGCAGCUGUGACCACCUGCCCGCCCCACACAGGUCCUGCUCGGCUCACAGUCGUUUGUGUGCCUGUCCCGUGUACCAGCUCUGCCUGGGCCCUUGUGCUGUGGCUGUGAGAGCUCAAACCCAGAGUGCAGCUCUGCCCCUUUCCUGCCUUCAGUGCUGUGGGUGGCAGUUAUCCUCCUGAAUGGGUCACGGAAGGCCGAGUCUUGUGGGCUGGAGUAACCAUCACAACCUGUGGUUUUAGGACACUGCCGUCACCUGUGGCACAGAGAACCGGUGUUUAUCUCCUAACCUCAAGUAGCUCAAAGCAGCAUGGCCAGCCCACGAACCAGGAAGGUGCUUAAAGAAGUCCGAGUGCAAGAUGAAAACAAUGUUUGUUUUGAGUGUGGCGCGUUCAAUCCCCAGUGGGUUAGUGUGACCUACGGCAUCUGGAUCUGCCUGGAGUGCUCGGGGAGACACCGCGGGCUCGGGGUACACCUCAGCUUCGUGCGCUCCGUCACCAUGGACAAAUGGAAGGACCUCGAGCUUGAGAAGAUGAAGGCUGGUGGGAACGCCAAGUUCCGGGAGUUCCUGGAGUCCCAGGAGGAUUACGAUCCCUGCUGGUCCCUGCAGGAGAAGUACAAUAGCAGAGCCGCAGCGUUAUUCAGGGAUAAGGUGGCCACCCUGGCUGACGGCAGAGAGUGGUCUGCGGAGUCCUCGCCUGCCCAGAACUGGAUCCCGCCUCAGCCCAGGAUGCUGCCGCCCACCACCCACCGAGGUCCCAGCCAGCCGCAGAACGUGACUGCCUCCUCCGACAAGGCUUUUGAAGACUGGCUGAGUGAUGACCUCGGCUCCUAUCAAGGGGCCCAGGGCAGUCGCUACGUGGGGUUUGGGAACACGCCACCGCCGCAGAAGAGAGAAGAUGACUUCCUCAACAACGCCAUGUCGUCCCUGUACUCGGGCUGGAGCAGCUUUACUAUCGGAGCCAGCAGGUUUGCCUCGGCUGCGAAGGAGGGCGCUACAAAAUUUGGAUCCCAAGCAAGUCAAAAGUUUUGGGGUCACAAACAGCAGCCAGAGCCGGCUUCGGAGCUGGGCCACAGCCUGAGCGAGAGCGUCCUCAAGCCUGCGCAGGAGAAGGUGAAGGAGGGGAGGCUUUUCGACGAUGUGUCCAGCGGGGUCUCUCAGUUGGCAUCCAAGGUCCAGGGAGUCGGCAGUAAGGGAUGGCGGGACGUCACCACCUUUUUUUCGGGGAAGGCAGAGGACCCCUCGGAUGGACCCCCAGAGGGCCACGGUUACCAGAGCAGCGGCGGGGACAACUCGCAGAGCAGCACCAUAGACCAGAGCUUCUGGGAGAGCUUCGGCAGCGCUGAGCCCUCCAAGGCCCGCAAGUCCCCGAGCAGCGACAGCUGGACCUGCGCUGACACCUCGGCGGAGAGGAGGAGCUCGGACAGCUGGGAGGUGUGGGGCUCGGCGUCCAACCAGUCCAACCACCGGAACAGCAACAGCGACGGCUGGGAGAGCUGGGAGGGCGCUGGCGGGGAGGGCAGGGCCAAGGCCGCCAAGAAGGCAGCGCCGUCCGCACCUGCGGACGAGGGCUGGGACAACCAGAACUGGUAGGGCCCUGCGCGCCCCACCCUGGCGCCCGUGGGUCCCUGCGUUUGCACUCUGCCCUUCCUCCCGCUUCUAUCCGACCCGAGAAAUGGCCACCACGGCCGCACAGGCGGGGCCCUGGGGACUCGGGCGGGUGCCAUCUGGCCAGGUGGGGCUGGCUCGCCCUCCAGGGCCGUGUGGGGGACACCUGCCCAUCCCACACCCCACGUCUCCUCCUUGGAUUCCGUUGGGUCUCGGGACCCGGCGCCAUCUGCUGCCAGGCAGUGGGUGCGGCACAGCGCCCUGGGACCGGCCGGCAGCCGACUCGCCGAGAAGCAUCCCCGGGGGCUGGGACCACGUCAUGUGCAAUGGUGUCAGCGACGAGAGUCGUUGCUUUCCCUUGAAAUGUUGUGUUUUUUUUUUUUUUACCGUUAAAGGUUUGCUCUAGUUCAUUUUUUCUUUUUGAAGAAAAUGCCUGGAGUUUUAAAGGUGGAAACACCAAAAGCAAUACGAGAGCUCACACUGCCGUCUGA